AUGACAAAUCCUCCAGGCGGCUGCGGCGCUGGUGGGAAAGGAGGAAAGCCUUCCGUUCCUACGCAUUUUUCUGGCGCUGGAGGAGGAGGUGCGACGAUAAUUUAUUAUGACACUCAAAACUUACCCUCUCGCAUCAUGGUAAGUGGUGGGGGAGGGGAAAAUUUAUAUGGUGGAUGUACUACACCUCCUGGCUAUGGCGGUGGCCUUGUAGCCGGAAAUGGCGGGUCCCUCAAUAAAAAUUUAGUUUGUCAAGGGGGAACCCAGAAAUUGGGUACUCAAAAUGGUGUGGGCCAAGAUGGCAGAAAUUCUCAAGGCGGAUUAUGUGGAGAUGAAGGAAAUCCUGGCUGUGGAGGCGGAUACAUGGGCGGCAUGACUACAAAGCAAUAG